AUGGAAGACGUUUGGGAUUUUGAUACUAUUGAUGUUGAAGUAGACAAGAAUUUGAAGAAGCAAACCAAGAGAUGCAAUGAUGCGUUCUUGAACAACUUGUGUCCCGACAUAGUUGGUGAAGAAGUGGAGAAUGAAGAUCAUUUUGACUUAAUGCGAGAAGGAAGUGGGUCUGAUGAAGUAUAUGGGUCUGAUGAAGAAGUAUCAAGUGAAAGUGACCAAGAUUCUAAGCUUGAGUUUGAGUACAGCACCCACGAUCCAAAGGUUAAAUGGAACAAGAUGAGACCACUUCUGGGAGAGAGCCAUCAACCACCUCGAACUGCAGUCACUUUCAGCUACCAUCCACCUCAGGCCACCCUUGACCUCCGACCACCAUCCACCGCCACCGAUGGAGUCAUCGAUUUUAGACGGUUCAAAACCACUUAUGUCGGAAAAGGUGGUGGCUGGAGUGUGAUGUGUGUAAAACGACGGUGCAUUCCAAGAAUGUCGUCGGAGUGUAAAACGAUGGUGGUAUCCACUAACAGUGGCUUAAAGGGCAUUAAGGUUUUUGAAGAGUUUGGAGAAGAGAGACAGUAA